AUGGUGAUUUUCUGUUUUGCUUUUACAUCUGGUUACAAUUUCGGGUCCAACUCUCGGGCCGAGAUUAGGGCCAUUUGCGAGGGCCUCUCCCUCCAUGUGCACUUGGGUAUUUCUAAAGUAGAGAUAGAGAGUGAUUCCAAAGCGAUUGUGGAAAUCCUUGAGAGGAUCUCGUCUCCUCCAUGGGCCUUGAGCUACCAGUGGUCUAGGAUUAAGAGGAUAUCGACUGACUUGGAGGUCUCCAUCUCUCACAUCCCCAGGGAAGCUAAUGCGGUUGUAGACGAUCUAGCUAAAAGGGGCAGCGCUACUCAGUAUUGGAAGGUGAGUGGUUGCUUGGAUUCGGAGAGAGAAGCUCUGAUCACCUUCCGGAAGACUCUCAACGAUCCCUUCGAUCAUCUCUCUUCAUGGGAUGAUGCCUCGGACUGCUGCAAGUGGAGAGGAAUUACCUGCCACAACAUAACUGGGUACGUUGUUAAACUCGACCUCCACAGUCUAAGGGGCAGAAUUGAUCCAGCUCUGGUUCAACUGAAGCAUCUUCAGUUCUUGGACUUGAGCGGUAAUGAUUUUAAUGGCGCACCAAUUCCAGAUUUCCUAGGUUCAAUGAAGGAGUUGAGGCAUUUGAACUUGUCAGAUGCAGGGUUCAGUGGGAGAAUCCCUCGUCAGCUUGGAAACCUCACCAAACUCAUUUACCUAGAGCUUUCUUCAUCUUCUUUGAGUGCUAAAAACCUCUGGUGGUUGACAAGCAUACCUUCUCUCAAUUACCUCGACAUGUCUGGAGUGAACCUUUCCAUGGCAAGCCAUGAUUGGGUGCAUGUGAUAAAUAAGUUUCCUUCCCUCGUUGAGUUGCACCUAUCAAGCUGUGAUCUCUCAAGCAAUCAGUUGAAUAGGAAUAUCCCUGCAGCUCUUGGAGGAUUGUCUUCCUUACAAGAAUUAGAUCUCUCAGCGAAUCAAUUGAAUGGGAAUAUCCCUGCAGCUCUUGGAGGAUUGUCUUCCUUACAAUCUUUAUUUCUCGAUGGGAAUCAGUUGAAUGGGAAUAUCCCUGCAGUUCUUGGAGGAUUGUCUUCCUUACAAAGUUUAUCUCUCCAAGGGAAUCAGUUGAAUGGGAAUAUCCCAACAACUUUAGGACAACUUUCUAACUUGUAUUUGCUUGACAUCUCUUAUAACUCCUUGACAGGAAACGUGUCAGAAAGUGUUUUUGAAAACCUCGAAAAGCUUUGUGGACCACCUCUUCCCGAUAAGUGUGUUAGCAAUGAGACUCCUCAAGGUCCAAUGCCUAUUAGUGGUGACAUUGAAAAAAAUGAAGAAGAGUAUGAAAUGCGUUGGUUUUACUCUGUGAUGGGACUGGGAUUUGCCAUGGGAUUUUGGUACUUCCUUGGCGUUUUUAUGCUCAAGAAGCCUUGGAGGAUUGCCUAUUACCGCUUCUUUGAUGAGAUGGAACAUAGACUUAAUUUGUUUUAA